ACUGCUACCCCUCCUCCAGGCCGUGCGUGGGAGCAGCCUGACCAGAGUCGUUCUCAGCCAUUAGACUACCCCCACCCCGCUCUUCCGCCUUCCCAACUCCUUCCCACAGAACAGGCUGAGCCCUGGCAACUAGAUCGUCAUGGCAACCCGAUGCAGUACACACGCUCUCGCCUGGAACCUGUGCCUGUCCGAGUUGUGGACUACCACUAUGGUAAAGAAACUCCCAGAAGUUACCAAACUCCUAGGUCCACUUACAACACGGCCCAAGGAGGAAGCAGCAACACCUGGAAACCCCCCAACUCAUCCCAACCAGCAGUAGAUUACAGGUACCCACCACCUACAGACUACAGACCACGCCCAGACCAAGAUGUCCCAGUUGUCACAAUCAAGAUGGCCACCUCUGGCAAAACUCCCACCAAGAAGGCUGCUCUUGACUUCCACGGAGAAAUCCCCCAAACGUUUCCUUAUUCGUGCUCUCUCUGCGAUAUUACUGUGCUCUCUGAAAAGUUCUGGUUCACACACGUCAAUGGAACUCAACAUGCAGACGGACAGCUCACACUUCUUCAAAUGUAUCCUGAAUGGGAUUGCCGGAUGCAGACCGCCAGAAGGCCUUUCAAUCCCUUCAGUGGUGACGACCACACAGACAGACCAAGGGUUGAAGAGAAGACUGCUGGACCUUCCCAUAGGUCUAUUAACUACUUAGGUAAACCGUCAAGUAGAGGCUCUAGAAAAAACGUAGACACUAAGACAAAGGUUACAAAGGGGAGUGGCAAAGUGGUUUGUGCUAAAUUUACCGCCCGGUGUCUCAACGAAGAUGGUUUGAAGGACCUGAUUAAACCGUUUGGGGAAGUUGUGAAAGUCAUCAUGUUCCCCGCUUUGCUUCAGGCGUUUGUGGAGAUGGGCUCAACUGACCAGGCCGCCGAUAUUGUGACAUACUACCUCAGUAACCCAGUGAUGGUGAAAGGAGGACAAGUCACCUUCUCUGUCUCGUCAACAUUUAAUUUCCUACAGAGUUCCCGGGUGUUGAGUUUUUCCCCGGUGCCUCCUGGUAAAGAGUCCGCCGCGUGGAAGAGAGAGUUACUGGCCGUCGCUGAAGGAUUUGGACCUGUGGAGCACUCUCUAUUCUUACCUACGCAGGCAUUUGUGGAAAUGACUAAUGCACUGGAUGCACAGAAGCUGGUUGGACACCAUACAUCCAAACACCUGAAAAUAGAUGAGAUACAUAUUAAAGUGGCCUUCUCAUCAGAGUAUAAUACACUUCGGACCAUGUCUGAGAGGAAGUCUUCAGACAGGAGCAGGAAGUCUGAAGACAGAUCGAAGAGAAAGAGAACCCCAAGCCCCAGAAGGCGGUCCCUCAGCCCCAGGAGAGAUUCCCCAAUCUCCUCAAAGAGGAGGAGGAGUAGAGAGGGAUAGCGACCGUCACAAAGA